UGUGAGUUGAAAGCAGCACUUGGAAACAGAGGACCAGUAAUAUGACUGGAGACAAAAGGUUAUAAGAAACUGUAACUAUAGUCACAGUUACAAAGAUGAAUAAUGAACUUGGAGACUCUAAAAGUUCCCAGCAGAAAAAGAAUGUAGGCCGCACUCUGAACUGAAGGCAUGGCAGGCAAGUUCACAGAUAGCAAGCAGGCGUGCUCUAGUUGCAAAACAGAAUCCAGGGAAAUAUUUCUGACCAGGAGCUGAGUGAGCAGAAAUUCCAAAGGGGGAAAACGCACGAGAGAGAAAGAACGAACCCAAUAAAAGGCUGGAUUUUUGGCGCACUUGUUUUGGAAGAUUAUGGAUAGGCACCGAGUGCUACAUUUCUGCUCGCUGAACACAGCCCUCUUGCUGCUUAUUUGGAUUGGCAUCUCCAAAGCUCAGAAGGAUUGCACAGGUGUGGAGUGUAAGCAGCUGGAAAAUUGCAUUGAGGAAGUGCUUGAGCCGGACGAGUGCUGCGCCUCUUGUCUCCAGCAUGGCUGCACCUGUGAAGGCUAUCAGUACUAUGACUGCGUGAAUGUCGGUUUUAUCAACGGCAAGGUCCCCGAAGGGCAGUCUUACUAUGUCGACUUUGGAAGCACAGAAUGCUCCUGUCCCAAAGGGGGCGGCAAAAUCAGCUGCCAGUUUAUGCUCUGUCCAGACCUUCCACCCAACUGCAUCGAUGCCGUGCUGCCCGCGGACGGGUGCCCUCAGUGCGGGAGAAUCGGCUGCCUCCAUGAAGAGCAGAAAUAUGCGGCAGGACACACGUUCCACAUGCCUCCGUGCAAGGUUUGCCACUGCCCCAAUUCGGGAGGGGAUCUCAUGUGCUACGUGCUCCCGGACUGUAAUGAAUCCACAUUAAACCCUCAUAGCCCAUCCGAUACCGGGGACACCGAACCAGAACGGCACUAUGAUGAUUCCUACAGUUAUGACCAGGAGGCACCAGAAGGAGACACCACUCAGGUAGAGCCACCUAAGAAGUUCUACAGUUAUUCGGCUCAUACAGAGCAAGAGAGCAUGGGCCAAGAGCAAAGUGAGGAUUAUGAUUACCUCGCAAGCAGCAGUGUUACUCCUCCGCCAUUAACUCACCCUGCUUCAACGACAGAAGCUCUGCCACCCACGGCCACACUUGCUCAUGUUCUGCACUACCCUGAAACUAGUCGCGCCACUGAAAAGAGUGAGGAAAGGAUUUAUACGACAAGCACGGCAUCAACCCCCAAAGCACGGCAAAGGCAUCAUCGAACAACCAUUGCUAACAGCGUUAGAAAGGAACAAGCUGCGGUUACAACUGAGAGGCCCAGAAAUAUGGCAGAUGUGGAGAGGAGAAAGCCAGCCAACAGGGAGAGGAAUGAGGAAGAAGAAAAUGCCCGCUUCAAAAUCAAGCUAAACAUGAAGAAAGACAACAAGCAGAAAGAAAACAGGUUGUUGGUCUUACAAGAGUCCAAUAUGACUCAAUCGCAUGGGCUAAACUCUUUGCAGGAGGAAAAUGAGGAAAUUAAGUUCCCCAAGGUCAAGUUCAAUCCAACACAACCAUCUCCCAUUGCACUGAAAGAAGACAACAAUAGGAUAUCCUUAAAACAGCCUCAGACUCUUUAUCAUUACACAUCUGAAGAGGACAUAGAUCCCAACUCUGUUCAGACUUCCCCCAAGUUAUCAGAAGGUUCAACAAAAGAUUUAAUUGAAACUUGCUGUGCUGCUGGACAACAGUGGGCUAUUGACAACAAUGAAUGCACAGAAAUCCCUGUAAGUGGAGCUGAUGGCGAUAUCUGCAGAAUUGCUCAGAAGCAGUGUUGUGUCUCGUAUUUAAAGGAAAACAGCUGCAUUGCUGGCAUGAUUGCUGCCAGAGAAGGUGAAUUGUGUGGCCCGGAUGAAAGUGAGACCUGCGGAGGAUCGUUUUAUAAGCAAUGCUGCGAUUGCUGUGCGUUGGGCCUACGAGUGAAAAGUGAAGGUCAAAGCUGUGAGUCCAACCCCAAUCUUGGCUACCCUUGCAGCCAUGUAAUGCUUUCCUGCUGCGAAGGAGAAGACCACCUCAUCCCUCCAGAGCUAAAGAGGCACCCUGAACCACUGCCAACAGUGACACCAGAGAAACGUGGCAGCAAAAACGAUGCUGUAGAUCCUUUUGGUCUCUGCCACUUUAGCCAAGAGGAAGUGCAAGCAAGAUCCCAGCUACAACUUUUUGAGAACCAUCGAGAGUUGGAAGAGGCCUUGUACACCAUCUCUCAGCCCCUUUGCUUGAUACAGGAAAUGGAGAGAGCAAGAGCAUACCCUGCUCCUCUCCCAACAGAUGACUUCCCAACCUCAGCUUGGGAACUUUAUCCUCUCAUAGAUAUUAAUGAAUGUAUAACAGACGCUCAUACCUGCAAGAGAGGGGAGCACUGUGUUAACACAAUUGGAUCCUUUACAUGUCUUCAGCAACUCAACUGUGAAUCAGGUUAUGAGCUGAAGGAUGGUGAAUGUGUUGACAUUGAUGAAUGUGAACGAGGAACUCACAGCUGCAAGAUAAACUUUGUAUGUCAAAAUACAAAAGGAUCAUUCUAUUGUGAAUCAAAGCAGCGGUGCAUGGAUGGAUUUUUACAAGAUCCAGAGAGUAAUUGUGUUGAUAUUAAUGAAUGUACAUCACUUACGGAGCCAUGUAAGGCUGGUUUCAACUGCAUCAAUACUGUUGGGUCUUAUACUUGUCAGAGGAACCUCUUAAUAUGUAGCAGAGGGUAUCAUUCGAGUGAAGAUGGAGCCAGAUGUGUCGAUGUUGAUGAAUGUCAAACCGGCGUACACCGCUGUGGCGAGGGACAGAUUUGUCACAAUCUACCUGGAGCUUACCGCUGUGAUUGCAAGACGGGAUAUCAGUAUGAUUCAUUCAGCAGGACCUGCAUUGACAUAAAUGAAUGCUGGAAUUAUCCUGGCCGACUCUGUCAACACUCAUGUGAAAAUACUCCUGGAUCCUAUCAUUGUUCCUGUUCUACUGGCUUUCGCUUGGCAUAUGAUGGGAAGCAUUGUGAAGAUAUCAAUGAAUGUGACAACAAUCCAUGCAGUCAAGAAUGUGCUAAUAUAUAUGGUUCCUAUCAGUGUUACUGCAGGCAAGGCUAUCAAUUAGCAGAAGACGGCCAUUCUUGCAAAGAUAUUGAUGAAUGUGCACAGAGUGCAGGUAUUCUGUGCACUUUCCGCUGCAUGAAUGUGCCUGGAAGCUAUCAGUGUGCUUGUCCCGAUCAAGGAUAUACCAUGGCAACAAAUGGAAGGACUUGUAGAGAUAUUGAUGAAUGUGCAAUGGGAACCCACAAUUGUUCCUCAACCGAAUCUUGCUACAAUGUUCAGGGCAGCUUCCGGUGUCUUUUGUUUGAGUGCCCAGCGAACUACAGAAAAGUGUCUGAAAUGAGAUGUGAGCGUAUCAACUGCUUUAACUAUAUGGACUGCCAAAACACUCCUUUGCGAAUUACUUACUAUCAGCUUAACUUCCAAACUAACAUUGUCAUCCCUGCGCAUAUUUUCCGAAUUGGUCCCUCGCCUGCUUAUGCUGGAGACAACAUAAUCCUCACAAUCAACAAAGGAAAUGAAGAGAACUACUUCAGCACCAGGAAGCUUAAUUCGUACACAGGCAUUGUCUACCUUCAGCGGCAAGUGAAGGAACCCAAAGACUUUCUGUUAGAUGUUGAAAUGAAGCUUUGGCGUCAAGGAACCUACACGACCUUCCUGGCUAAAAUUUACAUCUUUAUCUCUUCUCAUGCCUACUGAGGCAUAUGUACUCUCAUGGGAGUUUAUUGGUGCUAUCGCCUUUGUGUUUUCUACCAAAGCUUAUUAUGAUGCCUAGUUAUAGAUUUUUUAAAUAAUAAUCAUUUCCCCCCUUAUUAUUUUUCGAAAAACAUCUUUGUUUUUUUGUAAAAUUAACUUAAAACGCACAACCCGUUUCUCUUAUAACUCUGGAUUUUUAACUGAGCAGAAGAAGGCAUUGUGGUUUAAAGCAAAUAUAUAUGUACAGUAUUUACGUGAUGCUCUAAAAUCUUCUAUUGGUAUUGCGCCAGUGACAACUUCAGAAUGAGUUGCUGGGGGGGAAGACAAUCUAUCCAAACUUAAGCACUUAAAGGUCCUGUUGAUUUCCCAGAGAAGUAAUCAUGCGGCCACUGAAAUUAGUUUGACUUUGUGCUUAAGUACAGUUGGAUUGGGCUGGUUGGCAGGCAGGACAUCAGUCCCUGCCCAUGGCAAUGUCUGAUGGAAGUGAUCUCUUUACACCUGCGGAGCUUCUUCCGGUGCAGCUUUUAAAAAGACCCGAAGCCCUUAAAGUCUCUUUAAUGUAUUUACACUUAUUUACAUGUAAUAUACAAAGAGAGUUCACUAUGCUUGGACUGUGUAGCAAAAAAAUGCUGCGUUCUGACAUGCCAGCAAAUCAGAUGGGGACAUGUUAGUCUCGCACCUCCUCAUGCAAUUGCCUGCUCAGUAACUUUAGCUGCCUCCUUCUCUUCCUCCAGGCAGGAGGAAGACAAAAGGUUAAUAUGAGAACUAAUGCACAGCACAGCAAGCUCUCCUUAUAGAGUUACAUGCAUUUUCAGCUUUGGAGGACAAGAGGUGGAAAUCCAAAGGGUUGGAUGAAAUCCAGCCUCCUUAGGCACUUGGGUCUUGUCCAGUGUCCAGGAAGCUUGAACAUUUUUUGGGUGGGAGGGGGGAGCGGGUCAAAUCCAAUGUUCAUCAUACUCAGAAUAACCCACUGAAAUCAAUGAACUUAACCCUAAGUCCAUGGAUUUCAUUGGAUGUGCACUGAGUGUGACAACCAGCAAAAUUGUAACCAUGUCUACUCAGAAAUAAAUCCUAUUGAAUUAAAUGAGAAUUGCUCCCAGGCAAUGCUUUCAUGCAUUCUCUUAUGGUGCCAUGGAAUUACACCUUCUGGUAUAUCAGAGAUACUGCACCAGUAGUGCCAGAUCAGUGCCACACUUUACAUGGGAAUUGCAAUUGCUGAGGGCAAACCACCCACCCAUCAUGGGAAAUACAUAUAGCCAGUGUCAGCACACUGUACUAUCAGGCAAACGCUGCAGGCCUGUUGCUUCUGAUCUCUGCCUCUUCAUUGGGCUGGGUAUGAAUUUUUCUUCUCCUUGGUCCCGCAUGCCAUACAGCCACAGCAAAUCAGCAAGGGAUACAGCCUUUCAAUCCACAGGUGAGCAGCAUGUGGCCACCUCCUAUAUAGAUAGGCCCAUCCUCUUUCUCUCUGCAGUGGAUAAAAGAUUAGUGUUGCUGCACUGCUAUUUACAGCAUGGGGAAAUUAAAGCCCGCUGAAACCUGGAGCCAGUGUUUACAUGUCUGAGGACUCAAAUUGUACAUCCUGUGACCAUGCAGCAAUCACGUUUGCUAUGUGGGGCAGUUUUUAAAUGUGCAAGCUGUGGUGCUAGAGUAGGAGUGGGGAACCUCUGGCCUCCCAGAUGUUCCUGGGCUGCAGCUCCCAUUAGCCCUAGCAAGCAUUGUCAAUGGCCAGAGAUCAUGGGAGCUGUAAUUCAUCUGGAGGGCCAAGGAUUCCACACUUCUAUAUUAGGUAACAUUCAGGCUGACAUCAUAUACACAAUUGCCUGGGAUCAAUGGGAUUUACUUCUUAUUAGACAUGCAUAGUGCUGUCAGUCACUUACUAUUAGAUGUCUUUUCUUUUUUGUCCUCAUAAUUUAUGUUUACGUAUCUGCAAACACAGGUCCCUUAACAAAAGAACACAAUUUGGGUGGCAGUUAAUCCAUGCUUACACUUAAACAAAGCCGAAUAAUUUUCAGAUCCCGUGGAAGAGAGAGAUGUGUUGUGCUUUCUUGCUGAAAUUGACAUUGCAGUUUGCAUUACUUGCCUGGUUUUGUAUUUAAAUUCAGUACUGAAGGUGCCCAUUCUUUUUGGGGUGCAUACAAGAUGUAUUAUAUUUUUUAAGGACAUGCCAAAGAUGAAGCAUGACAGACCAAAGAUGCAAAACCGUUGUUAACACCUUAUUGAAUGUCAUGGCUAUCCAAUUAGAAUGUUAAGAUAAAACUUGAAAUAGAUCAGAUUUAUUUUCUGCUUUUCUGGCCUAAAUGACAUGGCAGAAGUAGGAAUCUAGUUAAUUUGGCAGCUUGAAUAAACCAUAUACUAUACUAAUAGGACAAUGCAAGGUUUAAAUUCUUUUCAAGUUCUCUUAUUUUAUAGAAAACUGGAUAAGGCCCAAAUCAAGCAGCCAUGUGUACUGAUGAGUAGUUUAAUCAAAAUAAUUUUUAAAAGUUUUUUUGCAAGUGAAUAGCAGAAUUUUAAAAUAAAUAUGGUGUGGUGUUGUUGUUUUUUUUAAAAAAAAGAUAGAGCAGUCUAGUACAAAUCUUUUACUUAAUUUUUUUAGCACAGCUAUACAUAAAUAACAUAUGAAAUGUUGUUGAUCAAAACCAUAACUGCAACAUAUAGAUUUUUUUGUGAUAUGGUUUAAUCCUUUCCUUAUAUUGUAGUGGAUCUUAUUUUGUAUAUAAAACAAGGAAGAAGCCAAGCCUUAGGGCCUUUUUAUACAGUAGUAUAAAAAGUAUUAUAAAAUGCUGCAGUAUUAUGACAUGUAAAAUACUAAUUUGUACUGUGGAUUAAACAUGUAAAUGCUUUUUAUGUUUAACGGGAGCGAGGGGAGAGGGGAAAGAUGUGCUGUCAUCAGAUUCAUUGAAUGUUGUUUUCCCUGCUAUUUCUGUUGAGACUUCAGUCCAUAGUAAAGCAUAAGUAUGGUUUUAGCUAAUGUUAUACAUAGUUGUGCUUCUAUAAAUUCUUUUCUUGGUC